UUCCUCUAUGAUUCGCUCGAGCACCAAUUUCAGAUUGUCUAUCUCGCGCGCGCAUCGAUGUAGUCGUCCGAAAUUGUUCCUGUAAAAUUAGAGAAGCAGUUUAUUUGCAGACGCCCGCAUAGGGACCACGGAUUUUUAGUACAGAAUACACUUUAUCGAUCUGCAGACUCUGUAAUCUCAGAAUCAAGUGACACACUAGACAACAUCUAUAUUUUAUAAACUGUAAUUAGUAAUUAUAACACCGAAUUUAUACGGGUUUCAAAGAGAGAAACACGCAAUGUCCACCGCCGAUAAUUUAAUUAAGGACUUGCCCAAGGGACCAUUAGAUGCUUACAGAAAGCGAGCGACCUUUAAUUGGAAAUCGUUCAAGUUAACUUUGGAAAGUGAGGAUGGCGUGCGAUUCCAGAAAAAAUUAUGGGAAUUUAUCAGAACCAAUCCAGCAUUUGAAAGACCAAUAGGCUCAAUAAGCUUGGAUGAAACUCGAAGGCGAUGCAAUGCUCAGUUGAACGCACUUCGUGACAAUAACAUAAAUCCAGUGCAUGUUCGAGAAAAAUAUUUUUAUCUCUUCCAAUAUGACGGAUCUGUUCCGCUAAAAUUAAGUGUUAUAAACGGCCUGGUAACAACCUCUAUAUUAGCGCUAGGCACCGAACAUCAUCAUUUCGUUGAAGAAUUAAACAACGGAAAUUAUAUUUGCUGUCUUGCUUUAACUGAAAUUUCCCAUGGCUCUAAUGCGCAAGGCAUGCGUACCACAGCAACAUAUGAUAUAAAAACAAAAAAUUUCAUUCUUCAUACAUCCGAUUUCGAAGCCGCAAAAUGCUGGUCAGCAGGUUUAGGAAAAUGUGCCACGCACGCCAUCAUAUUUGCACAACUGAUUACACCGGACGCGGUGAAUCGUGGCCUCCAUCUUUUCGUCGUCCCGAUUCGCGAUCCAAAAACUCACUUACCCUUUCCCGGUGUUACCAUUGGUGACAUGGGCGAAAAGAUAGGGCUUAAUGGAAUAGACAAUGGAUUCAUAAUGUUCCACGAGUAUUCUAUACCGCGUACCUGCCUGUUAAAUCGUACGGCGAAUAUCAGCGAGAACGGAAAUUAUGUUCUUACUGUGAAGAAUGAACGAAAAAGAUAUGGCUCGACAUUAAGCGCACUAUCAUCAGCCCGCAGCAGUAUUACCUUGAUAAGUGCUCAUUAUAUGAUCCUCGCCUUGACGAUAGCCGUACGUUAUAGUGCAGUUAGGAGACAAUUUGGUCCAACGAAUAACAAGGAGGACGAACUGCCAGUUAUAGAAUAUCAAAUACAACAAUGGCGAAUCUUUCCUCACUUAGCUGCGACAUUUGCGGUGAAAAUAUUUUCGGUCGAAUUUUACAAAACGAUGCUUGAUUUUCUCAUAAGCCGUUUCACGGGAGCGGACUUUAGCGCCGACAUAGGAAUGGAAAUACACGUGUUGUCUUCUGCAACGAAACCAUUGUGUUCGUGGCUUGCUCGCGAUGCGAUUCAAGACUGCAGAGAGUCUUGCGCUGGUCAUGGAUAUUUAAAAAUGUCGCGUUUGGGCGACAUAAGAGCCGACAACGAUGCAAAUUGCACAUAUGAGGGUGAGAACAAUAUACUUAUCCAACAAGCAAGCAAUUGGUUAUUAAGUCAAUGGACUAAUGUUAUUAAUGGACGAUCGGUGCCGUCUCCUCUUGGUUCCGCGGAUUUUCUCGUUGACGCUGUACGAAUAUUGAAUGCCAAAUUUAAUCAAACUACAGUAGAAGAUACAUUGAGCCCUGAGAAUUUAUUCUUCACUUUUAAGUGGUUGGUGUGUUAUUAUGUGAAGAAGACAUAUGAGCGUGUAAAAAAUCUCAAAUCAAACGGAGUGUCUGAUUUCGACACAAGGAACAAUUCCCAAAUGUUUUUGGCGCGAACUUUAUCUCUUGUAUAUGGCGAGCACGCUCUAAUGCUAUACUUCAUUAGAUGUUUGCAAGAUCCGAAAUGGAAGGUGAACGAACGAGAGGUACUAACAAAAUUAUGUUCUUUGUUCGGAGCUGCAACGUUGGAAAAAAGACUGGGAGAUUUGUAUGACAGUGGUUACGCUUCUUCUAACAGUAAGAUAGGCGAUUUUCUACGGGAAGGAAUUAUAUCAUUGUGCAGAGAUCUAUUAGACAACGCGGUUGCGCUGGUUGAUGUCCUGGCGCCUCCUGAUUUUGUGCUCAAUUCCCCUCUGGGAAUGUCCGAUGGCAAUGUAUACAAACACAUAAAGGAGUGGCUAUUCAAAAACAAAGAAAACUUGGAACGUCCACUGUGGUGGAAGGAAAUAUUAAACACUAAAUUAUCUCGAUCUAAAUUAUAAUAUGAUACAAAUAAUAUUUCAUUAUAAUAUAAAUAUAUAAAUAUUCCCCGCGAUUAUGGUUUGAAAAGAUUAUACGGAUUUUUAUACAUAUAUAUACAUUAUAAAUUUUUUUCUUCAUAUUUUU